AUGGCAGGUGUUGCUGGGCUGGCGUGCGGCCUGCAGCUGCAGAAAGCAGGAGUGAACUUUGCCAUCUUGGAGGCCUCUGAUGGCGUGGGGGGCCGCGUGCGCACAGAUGAAGUGGAUGGCUUCCUGCUCGACAGGGGCUUCCAGAUCUUUCUGACGUCCUACGAAGAGGCGCAAGCUGUGCUCGACUAUUCAGCGCUGGAUCUCAAGCCCUUCUAUGCAGGUGCACUGGUGAGGUGGAAUGGCGGCUUUCACAGGGUGGCAGAUCCAUUCCGGCACCCAGCGGACGGCGUUGCCUCUCUGCCAAACCCAGUGGGGUCACCCUUUGACAAGGCCCUGGUCGGCCUGUUCAGGAUUAAGGCCCUUCUGAAGAGCCCAGCUGACAUCCUGCAGGCGCCAGAAACCUCCACACUCAGCCGAUUACAGGCAGAGGGCUUCUCGGCUGACAUCAUUGACCGCUUCUUCCGGCCGUUCCUGGGCGGUAUAUUCUUCGACCGCGGUUUAAACAUGACGUCGCGGCUGUUCGAAUUCGUAAUGCGCUGCCUGGCCACUGGGCAGAACUGCCUGCCCACUGCGGGCAUUGGCGCCGUCGCAGACCAGCUCGCCGCGCGACUGCCGCCCGGCUCCAUCCACACAGGCAUGAAUUUUUUUUGA